AUGGCCAGCACAUCAACAUCAGCUGCAUCGACUUCAGUAAAGCAGCCAACAUGGCACAAGCCAGCCGUAAAGGCUGGCUUCGAAGAACCUUCUUUGCAAGUCUUUAACAGUUUGACCAGAACAAAGGUUGAUUUCGUACCCGUUCAUGGCAAGCAGAUCACAUGGUACACCUGUGGUCCAACAGUUUAUGACUCGAGUCAUCUUGGUCAUGCACGUAAUUAUGUCACUCAAGAUGUUUUACGAAGAAUUUUACGCGAUUAUUUCGGAUAUGAUGUUCAUUUUGUUAUGAAUAUUACCGAUAUCGAUGACAAGAUUAUCUUGAAAGCCAGACAUACACAUCUAUUGAAACAAUACAAAGAAGAACAUUCGAAAACAGGACUAUCGAAAGAGUUGCUGCAGGAUGUUCGGCAAGCCUGGUCGAUCUUCUUCGGUAAAACGCUGAAGAAGUUGGCACCUAAAGCACCGCCCGGUGAACCUGAAGAGCCAGAAGAUGAAGCCGCAUUCGAAGAGAUUUCACGCAGGAUGGUACAGGAUGCUGCUUGGACAAAGCAGGCCUCAGAAACAGAGCCAAAAACGUCUAUGUGGUUCACAGCUUUGAACAAAUCUCGUCAAGCGAUCAUUGCAGCAACAAUGUCAGUCACAGCAGGUGACAAGAGUGGUGAAUCGGCUGCGGCUCUGAUUGAGUCUUCGCUUGAUAUUCUAGGUCCCUUUAUCGAUGCACAAAAAGGUCAAUCGUUAAGCGAUCCAGCAAUCUUUAGAGAAACGGCAGCAUUCUGGGAAGGAGAAUUUUUCAAAGAUAUGAAACGACUACAUGUUCAAACGCCCACAACCCUAACGAGAGUCAGCGAAUAUGUGCCUGAAAUUGUCACUUUCAUCGAAAAGAUUAUCGGAAAUGGAUAUGCAUACGAAGAUGCAGGACCUGGAGAUGGAAAGAAGAACGUUUGGUUUGAUACACGUGCAUUUGAUGGUGCAGAUCGUAAAGGUGGAUCAGACAAGCAUUCAUACGCAAAAUUAGCACCUUGGAGCAAAGGAAAUAAAGAGUUACUGGAAGAAGGUGAAGGAUCAUUAUCAACUGGUGCAUCCACCGUCGCAGGGAAGCGGGCACCAUCAGAUUUUGCACUUUGGAAAUCUUCCAAGCCAGGAGAACCUGCCUGGGAUUCACCAUGGGGACCAGGAAGACCAGGAUGGCAUAUUGAGUGCAGUGUGAUGGCAUCCGAAGUGUUGGGUACACAGAUUGAUGUUCAUAGUGGUGGUGUGGAUCUCAAGUUCCCACAUCACGAUAACGAACUUGCUCAAUCGGAAGCCCAUCACAACUGCCAACAAUGGAUCAACUACUUUAUGCAUACAGGUCAUUUGCACAUCGAGGGAUUGAAGAUGUCGAAAAGUCUGAAAAAUUUCAUCACAAUCGAAGAAGCACUGGAAAGAUUUACAGCUAGACAAUUGCGUUUAGCAUUCUUACUGCAAUCAUGGUCCGCUCAAAUGGAUUUCAAAGAGAGUGCUUUGGCCGAAGUGAGAAAUGUAGAAAAUACAUUGAACAACUUCUUUGCCGCUGCAAGGGCUAAUAUUCGUGAAGCAAAAGUACGCGGAGAAACAUUUUCUGAUGGAGAGAACCAUUAUGGAGAUCAUGAAAAGGGUUUGAUGGAGGCUUUGCGAGAUACCCAACAAUCUUUCCGUAAAGCAAUGUCGGAUAGCUUUGAUACGCCAACGGGUAUUUCAGCUUUGAUCGAUUUGGUAUCUAAGGCCAAUGUGUACGAACGGUCAAGAUCAAGAGCAGAAGUGAAUGUGAGCGUGAUUGAGGCGGUUGCACAAUACGUUGGUGAUAUGCUUCGCAUGCUCGGAUUGGGAGAAGGAGCUGUGCGUGAGGGUGAUAUCGGAUGGGGCGAGAGCGCAAAAGGCGGUGAAGAAAGUGGUGGUGUCGAUCGAGAAGAGCUAUUGAUACCUUAUUUGCGGGCUCUAUCGACUUUCAGAGACACAGUCCGCGCUUUGGCAAAGGAGAAAGCUUCACAUACUGACUUUAUGCAUUUAGCAGAUCGGUUGCGAGAUAUCGAUAUGGUAAAUUUGGGAGUUGCACUUGAAGAUCAAGAAGACGGAAAGGCUUUGGUGAAAUUGGUAGAUGCAGCUCAAUUACAAGCAGCACGAGCAGAGAAAGAACGAAUGCAAGCUGAUAAAGCCAACAAAAAAGCACAAGCAGCAGCUAAAGCAGAACAAGCAAAAAAGGAGAAGCUAUUAAAGGGUAAAGUUGCACCAACGGAAAUGUUCAAAGCUCCGAACGUGCCGGAAAAAGAAUACUCGAAUUGGGAUGAACGUGGAGUUCCAACCCAUGACGGAGAAGGAAAAGAAAUCUCGAAAAACAAGAAGAAAGGAAUGGAGAAAGAAUAUGAAAAGCAAAUCAAAUUGCACCAAGAAUAUCAAGCAGCAAUUGAAGCGGGAGAACAAAUUUAG